AUGAAGUUCUUCACCACCCUCUUCACCCUCGGCCUCAUCGGCACCAGCGUCGCCGAGCCCAUCCGUAUCGCCAAGCGCGGCGCCGAUGACUAUAAGGGUGUGAUCACGACCGUCAGCGAUGAAGUUGCGGUUGUUAACACGGCCGUCGCCGACUACGUGGGCGGCUCUGCCGAGGGAGAUGCUGUCGUGGCUGCCUCUGAUAAGCUCAACGAGGUGAUCAACACCGGCAAGACUAGCGUCGAGGGAUUCGAUCCCCUCAGCUCGACCGAUGCCCUCGCCAUCGUCAAGCCCAUUGAGACUCUCACCGACGAUGUGGGUGGCCUUGUUGAUGCUGUCAUCGCUGCCAAGCCGAACUUUGAUGAGGAUAGUCUGUCCGAGAAGGUGUCGGCCACGCUGACGGCGCAGAAGGAGUCCGCGCAGGGUCUGGCGGAUGCUAUUACCGCUCAGGUUCCUGAUGCGCUGAAGGAUCUGGCCAAGGAGUUGUCCGCCGGUAUUGCCAAGCAUAUCCAGCGCGGCAUUGAUGCUUAUGCUUGA